AUGGGAGACGUGGAUAAAAUUAUCGAACUCGAAAAAGAAACUGAUAAAUCUCUUGCAGAAGUAACAAAAUCCGCAGAAACAACAACUAUUGUAACUAAAAUAACCGAAACCCAUGUUACCGAUUGUGAUUUAAUUGGGGGAACACCGACGACGUUAGAAACUCAAAAAUUAACAUUUAAGACUUCCACAAAUGAAACUGAACUUUCUGACCAUUUUAAAUGUGAUAAUGGAGAUGUGGUGGACUUUGUUUGUCAAGAAUCUCAUCUCGCCAAUUUUAAUACAAAGUUUAAGUGUAAUGAUCUUAAUAAUCAAUUUCUAAGCACUGUUUCUAAUUUUCAAUAUCUUGAUCCAAACAAUGAUAACCCUGUUAAUCCUGUUGAUGUUGAUGAUAUUUGUUUGCCUAAUAGCCUUUCGGAUGGGAAUUGUUUCCUUUCAGUUGAUUCUAAUAUAACACAAAAAGCUAUUAGCGAUAUUAAUAUUGUAAAUGUUAAAGAUAUGUGUAAAGAUAAUUCAUGUAUGGAAUUAAGCGAGAGUUUAAAUAAAUUUAUGAAUGCAUCAAGCAUUUCCUCAAAUUGCUUUGAAUUUGAUCAAAGUUUGAACGAGUUUCAAAAUUUGGGUAAUAUUUCAUUUUCUUCGAAUAAAUGUAUAGAACAUGAUGCAUAUAUUGAUAAUUCUCAGAGUUUAAAUAAAACUUGUAAUCCGGUUUUUAUGGAUCACAGUUUAAAAAAUAUUGAUACUCCAAACAAAAUUGAUAAAACUGAAUCUGAUCCUAAAAAACUUUGUCCAAUUAGUAAGUCAUUCGGCAUGCGAAAAACAGAAAUAAAAUCUAGCCAGACAUCUUCUAUAAAAAGUAAAAAUUUAGGCAUUUCUAAAAAUGAAUACUUAAGAAAAGAAUUUAAACCUGUAGAGUCUACCAAACUUGAAUUUACUGGGGUAACACGCAGUUCUUCACUACGAACUAAUUCAUCUACAGUAUCAAAAUUAAAUUUAUCUAAUAAAUCUAAUAUCACAAGAUCUGAGAGCACAAAAAUUGUACGUUCCUCAAAAACAUCGAUACAAAAUGUCACCAUUUCUCAUCAAACUAAAAGUCUUGAUUCUAAAUCCAAUUUAACAAGUUCUUCAAAUAUGUUGAAGUCAAAAGCUGAUAUUGAAUUAAAAGAUUUAAAAACACUUAUCUCGCCUAAAAAAAUAAUAAAAAAUACAAUACCGUCUUCAAUGUCUAAAUUCGAAAGCAGUGAUAACCGGGAAUGUAAAUCUUCAUCUAUGGUCGCUAAAAAUCAAUUAAUUAACCAAUCUAUAGCAAAAAAAUCGAGUAUUCAGUAUGGAUUGAAUACUGAAAUUAAAAGCAAUCAACCCUUAACGCCAAAACUAACUAUAAAAGUUGCAACCCCAACUAAAAUGUCUAACCAAUCAAUAAAACCAACCUCUACAAAAACGAAAAACCUUGAAACUAUUGAACAAACUUUAGGUUUUAAAUCAUCAAAUUCAAAAACUACUUUGAGUAAUAUUUCUACAACAAAUAGAUAUAAUAGAUAUACCCUUGAAUCAUAUAACAAGAAUUCAACUAAAAAUAAGUUAUUAGUAUCAAGUCAAACAACCAACAGGAAGUUAACGAAACCAGAACUUGAAAAAUAUCAUAAAACAACAAUUAAUGAAAAAUUAAAAAAAAUCCAUACCUCCGAAAUUCCUGAAACCAUUUCGAAACCAAAAAUAAAAAGUUAUAUGGCAUCUACUGAAUCUCGAGAUAGAAAAUUAGAAAAAACACUUCAUUCUUACAAUAAAUUGACAGAAACUUCAAUGAAAUAUCAACGUAUAGCACAUGAAAACAAAAAAAAAACCCCUACAUCUCCAUCAAGAAUACCUAUUAAAGAUAAUUCGAGUAAAACAAUAAUAAAAAAAAAUUUAUCUCCCUUGAACACGAAAUCAUCACGUUCAUCCUCUGUUUCUGACCCCAGAGUUUUAAGUGCACCACCACAAAAAAGUGGUUUUGAUUUUAUGUCAUCACCUAGGAAACUAAGUCCUACAUCAUUACCAGCAAGUCCGGCUCACAGAUGCCUUAAGGCUGAUAAAAAAAUUAGUUCAGUUUUAAUUACAUCAGAAGUCUUUUCGAGUUCCUCUGAUCACACUUCAUCUGUAGAAUUAGUUUAUGAACAACCAAAACGUUCUUCUUGUUCAUCAAUGUCCGAACAACAGCCUACUUCUAUAACUGAAUCAGUAUCAUUAGAAGACGAGGAAACAACUCAUUCUUCGAACUCAGACAUCAACCGAGAUUCCGAGGUACAUACAGACAUUUUUUCAAAAUAUACCAACAAAUAAAUACAUUUUGCAAUUCAAAUUAUUAUACUAUCAAAUAUUUAUAGUAUAUAAUUUGUAUAAAUAUAAUUAAUUUGAUCCUUAAAAAAAUAUUCAUAAAGAAUAUAUCAUGAUUAUUUAUUUCACAUUUAUUUAUUAAGUAGGUAUCUUACCUGCUUGUACUUAUUAUAAUACUUAGAAUCCACAAUUAAUAUCAUAUUAUUAAUUAUACUUUUAAAUUUUAGAAGUCAUUUCUCUCAAUAUAGUUUAUAUAAAUAUAUAUCAUGGUUAGAAAAAUAAACAGGUAUCUACAAUUAACAUAUUUAAAAUUGCAUGUCCUUUAUUUUCACACAGAUAUUACAUGAAUGAAUUUUUUUUAAUGUUAAUUUUAAAUCUCUAAAUAUCAUUAAUAAAUCAACAUCUUAUUGUAUUUAUUCGUUUCAGUAAUUUAUGUUAGUUUUGUAUACAUAUUAAUGAAUAAUAUGAUGAUAUACAUAAUUUUAUGUAAAUUUUAAAUAUAUAUAUUUUUUAUACUAAUUUAAUUUUAAUAUAAAAUAUUUAUACAAGUAGAAUUUAAGAUAUGCAUUUAGUGUCUGCUAAAUGUUCAAAGUACAAACAUUAUUGAUACUUAAACAAAUUUGAAGUGUAUAUCCAAGGUUCAGGUAUUUGAGCCAUCAAUCCUAAUGAUUAAAAAUCGGCAUUUAUUCAAAGCAUAAUAUAAUAGGUAAUUUUGUUAACUUUAACAAUUUGGAGGAUCUAAAUCAAUAAAAUAAUACAAACGAGUAAAUAAUAAAACAGUUUUACAUACACUUUAAAUGAGUAUAACUACAUUGUACAUGCAUUAUAAUUUACAAGCCAUUACCUCACAUUAUAACAUGAUAAAGUUAAAAAUUUAAUGUUAUAAAAAAAUUUUAAUUUUAAUUUAUACAUAUGUCCAUUAAGGUCCUACUAUUAAUAAAAAAUUAUAGUCAUUAAUUUAUAUACAACUAAUUUAAAAUGAGUUAAUAAAAUAAUAAUGCCACAUAUUACUUAUAAAUUAAAAUAAUUAAGUAUCAACCUUGUUUUUAGUUUUUAAAGUAAAAAAUUAAAUAAAUCGUAAUUUGAGUUAUUAUUUAUAGUUUAUAAUCAAUAUUGUUUAUGUAUCUAGGGUUUUUAGUAAUUUUUACUAAUUCACUAAAUUAUAAAACAUUAAUAGCAAAUAACUUAUUAAUUUAAUUUAAUAUCAACAGUUUCUCGAAAUAUGAAAAGUACUUAUUUUCAAAAUAAUUAUAAUUUUAAGGCGUGGUAAAGCUUUAACAUCUCUCUUUAUAGACUAUAAUAUGAGUUUUAAUUUAAAUUAAAACUCUCCACAUAAUUUAAUUAAUACAUUAUUUCCACAGAUAAAUUCAAACAUUUUUGAUGAAUCAUCAGUAGAUUGGAAUCUAGCUUUGAGUAGAUCAAAUAUUUAUUCACUGAUAAAUAGAAUGUCGGAAGAUAUCAAAACUAAUGUACCUCAAAUUGCAAUUACAGCAUAUAUGUCCAAUGAUGAAGAUGCUGAAGUAACAAAUUUAUUCAAUUCAAAAAACGAGUACAACAAUAUUGAAAUACACGAACCACGAUCAGUUUCUCCAAAUUUGUCUAGAAAUAAAUCAAGAAUUGUACUGAAAUCUCCCAUUCCAAAAAAUGUAACAAAAUCUCUUUCUCCUGGUUUGUCAGAUGUUAAUAGCACUACAGAUGUUGAAGAUAUAUCUGAUUCAGAUGAUGAAAAAUAUUAUAUUCGAGCUCCAAAUCUUACUCCAGGUCCUAUAGAUUAUUUAAUUCUAACAGAUGUCGAAGAUUUGAGUGAAGAUGAAGAACACGAAAAGAAAUAUCAGGUUAAAGAAGAACUCACAGAUACAGAAAAUUUUACUGAUGAUAAAGAAAAAUUUAAUGAAAUAGAACAAAUAGAACAAUCUUUUGAAUCAUUAACCAAUUUUCCACAACCUCAUCAAGAAAUUUUAUUUCAUUCAAAAGAUGGAACAAUAAGAGCACUGUCACCAACAGAAGAACCUAAUCCUAUUUGGCUUAAAACUCCUAAUGAAGAAGUAAAAGGCUAUGAAUCUGAGGAAGAAACAAUAACAGCAGAAGAGUGUGAAAAAACAGAAUCUCAUUUAAAAAAUAUUAAUACGUACUACCAUGAUAUAGAUGUUGGCGUCAUUGAAUCUGUAGAAAUUGUUAAAAAUGAAAAAUAUAAACAAAAACAUAAAAAUCGUGUACCAUCUAUAAAAAAAAUUGUAAUACCUGAUACAGAAUGUGGUAAAAAGAAAUUUCGAAAUAAAAUUCGUUGUAAUUCAGAAAUUGAAGAAAACGUUGACAAAUGCCCGGAAGAAAAUAAGAAAAAAACAUUAUCAAAAUAUAUGUCAGAACCUACUUUAAAUAAAGUGGAUAUUCCUACACAAAAUAAAAUUAAUGAAACUAACAAAAUUAAAUAUCAACAAAAUAAUAAUAAAUUUGUAAUACAUGACAACAGAAAUGAUUUUAGUAUUUCUAUUGAUUUUGAAAGUCAUGACACUGUCUUAUUGAACGUUGGUAGGGAUUAUGGAAAUUUAUCAAUAAAAUGGUUUAACAAUGGAAUUACAACAGGUAGGAAAAUAUCUAAUUAUUGCAAUCUCAAUAUUUUAGAGCCAUUUGAACCAGGAUAUUUAAUAAAAAGUAGCUUAUAUGAUCCAAAACGACAAAUCGAAGUAGAUUUAUUUACAUAUGGGACAAUGAAAACCUUUCAAAAUAGUUAUUUUACCUAUAUUGCUGUAAAUAAUGUUGUUCAACCCAUUAAUAUAGUACAAUUAUAUAUAAACAGGCCAUUCCAGACACAAAUUACCAUGGUUAAAAUUCCAUUGGUAAAAGUAAACUCUCUGAAAGAUAAAUUUACAAGCAUGGAAAGAUUAUACCCUUCACCAAUAACACGUUUAGCAGCAUUUAAAAUAUUUAAUCAGAAAGAACCUGAAAACUAUACAAAGCAUAAGAAAAUUAAAUUUGAAUCUGAAAAACAUGUGUGUGAUGUAAUAAAUAUUUUUGAAAGUAUGUGUGGUAGUCCAAAAUUAAGAAGAAAAUUUAAUUUCAACAAAUUAUCAUAUUCAGAUAAUAAUUUAAAGAAAUUAAAUUUAAAUCAAAAUAUUAAUUAUUCACUUAAGAGAAAAAUAACUUUAAUAGGUAAAUACAAACAAAAUUAUUACCAAAUUAUUAAAUUGGUGAUGGAAUAAACUUACAGCCAAAUAAAUAAUCUGUAAGCCACAAAAUAACAAUAUAUUAAAUCAUUUUAAUUUAAUUUAACAAUAUCCUAUAACCAUUUAACACAGUGUUUUUUUUUUAAGUAUUUAACAUACUAAUUAUAUUAAUUUUAUUACAGCCAAAACAUUAACAUAUUUUAUACAACUUUUAAUAAUUAUUAAUUUUUUAUAAUUAUUAUUUAUUUUUAAUUAUUUUAUAGGUGAUGAAGUCAAUAAAACCAAAACACAAAAUGCAAAGUCUUUAAAUAAUUCUGGUAAGUUUUUAAAUAAAUAAUGAUAUUCAAAAAUAAUUCAAAAACUAUGUAAUAGUUUUAACAUAAACUUACAAAAGGAUUUAAAAUAUAUUCUUUCGAAAAUGGAACUGAAAAAUGGCCAAUUUCCUGCUUCGCUCAUUGUAAAAUUUUAAUUUCAAAAAUUAUUGGCUUUUUAGAAAACAAAAAUCACGAUUAAUGCUUAUACAUUUUAAAAAUUUAACAUUUUGCACUAACUAGUUUUGUUAUACGUUGUUUGAAUACUAUAUAAGAUUAAGUAGUUGACAUUUAUAUAAUAAAUAAUUGUAUUAACAAAAAAUGUAUUGUAAAUUUUAUAUUAAAAUUUCAUUAUUCAAAUAUUUAAGGUUAUCCACUAAAAUUAAUAGUUAUUACAGACAUUAUGUAUUAAUUUUUAACUCAAUGUGUUUUAUUUUGGUAUGCAAAUAAUUUUAAUAAAAAUAACAUACUUAUAGAUUAUUUUCCGAAUCAAAUUUUCAACAACUACAGGUCAAAUGAUUUUGACAACAUCUUAAUUGAUAGAGAAAUUAGUCGAAGUAGAGAGGAGCUAUUAAAACUUGUAAAAGCUGUGCAAAUUUUGGAAGACAAAGUUGAGAGACAAGAACAUAUUUCAAUCACAAAUGAAUUUCACACAGAAAAAACUGAAUCAGAACAAUCAAUUGAUGGUGUUAGUAAUUUGGAUCAUCUUCAAAAAAAAAUUUACCAAUUGUUAAAUGAUGUUCAUAUACAAGAAAACCAAAUACGAAAUUCAUUACAUGACAUUAGGAAAACAAUAGACGAUUUUGAGUUGUCUAAAAUGUCUAAUAGUAAUGAAACUCAAGAAAUUUCAGGACCUAGUCUUCGUAGUAAUUUUAACACUGCAAGUUUACCAUAUCGAUGGUGGAAUAGGUCGAUGCCUUGUUUAACAUUAUUGGAACACCAUAAAUAUUCGUCGGGGUCACAAGACUCAUUGACUGAAUCAUUUCAAGUUUCUUACUUCACUCCUAAGAAAAAAACUAUAUCAAGAAAUUCAAACAAUCAAAAUUCUGGUUAUUGUAUAUGGCUGCCACAUAAUAAAACAGGUGAGGUGUAUUGUUUUCGAGUGUGAAACUUGAUUUUUUUAUAACAAUAUGCUACUAACUGCUAUUUCCUUUGUUCCUUCGAUUCCCAAUUAAUAUAUAAAAAGAAAUAAUAUACUUAAGAAAGGUGAUAUAUAGUAUAUGUAACUGUUUUGAAUAAGAAUCGUUUUCAGAAAAUGAUUGUAAUCAAAUAAGACCAUUAAUGGUUAGAACACCAUCAGAAAACACUGUACCUGAUGAUUAUGAACACAUAGAUGAAUGGAAAUCAGUGGAUUAUUCAAAAAUAUCUCCAGAUAGUGUACAAGAAAAAUUAAAAACUGUGUUAAGUGAUCCGAGUAACCACGAUGAAACUUUAACAAACUUUUUAAUUGAUAUGUUAAUUGAACAAGAAACAGCUAAAUUAGCAGCAUCCGGAGAACUAUCUUCUGAAUCUUCUGAUUCAGAUCCCCAAGAGUUUCCAGAUGUAGAAUUAUUUUCAAAUUGCCCUUCUCCUGUUCCAAUUAUAUCCUCUCCAAAAUUUCGUAGAAAUGGAGUAGGAGGUUCACAAAGAUUGUCAACAAAUCAAAGACCAACACUCAGAGAAAUUCACAAAUAUGAUAGUGAAUCUGAUACUGAAAACGUAUACAUAGUAACUGAGCCCCAGGAAAAAUCACCCGGUAGAAAAGUAACAUUCCGAUUAGAAUCGGAAGACGAUGAAAUUGUAUAUCCAGGGCAAAGUGACAAUGAAAAUGAUUUGGAAGACUGUAAUAUACCUACAUCACACAUAAAAAAAACUAGUAAUAUUGAAGAUAUGAAAUUUGAAAUUGACACAGAUGUGGGGGAGAAAACUUUAAAAAGAGUAGAAAGAAGGUUUGAACGUAUGGCUUCAGAAACAUUAGAAGAUAGCCCCAUUGCUAAACAAGCUAUUGAAGGAGAAUAUCAUAGAAUAAUUUCUCAAUUAUCAAAUGAAGAGGUUGAUGUCGCCAAUCAAAUUUGGGAUGGAGCUGGUAAAUUGAAUUACAUUUAGAAGCUAAAUACUAUAAUAAUGCUUCUUUUGAUACUAAUAAUAAUAAUAAUAAUAACAAAUAAACAGUAAAAUAAACCUAAAUUUAAAAAUACUUUUAUAUGUACUUAAAAAAAAAAAAAAUACUUAAGAUACAAAUUAUUUGUUAGGUUCCAAAUUAUUUAUUUUUAUUAUUAUUGUUUAUGUCAGAAUAUAAUAAUACAUCAACGUAUAACAAAAUAUAAAUAUAAUUAUAGCACUAAAAAAAAUAGGUUUACUUGUACAUUUCAAAUCUACAAAUAAAUAGUUUAGAAAAUGUAAUGUAAUCCAUAUAACAAUCCAAGAAUUUGAUCUUUUUGGCGAGUUUUUGUUAGUUAACCCUUGUAAAUAAUAAAUAACCAAUAUUCUAAUCCUGUAUUAUGUUUGUAUGUAUUUUUGUGUACAGAGCGCAGCCCAGAAUUAACAACUAACACCAACAACUUAGUACUUCAGAACUCCAUAGAUAAAAUCCCACCUAAACCGAAUCCUAGACAUUCCAUUGACAGUAGUAUUAUAUCUUCUAUAGAUGAAGAUGAUGUUAACUAUUCAAUAAAAAAACAAUUUUGGGAAGAAAUAACCAAAACUAAUCAACCACCUCAACCUAAACCAAGAUAUAGUAUUUCAUUACCAAUAAAUAAUUCAGAGCAUUCUGACAUUAAAAGUGCUUCCUUGGAAAUCAUCAAAAGUUCAUUCAGUGCUUCUGAUAAUGCAGAAGUACCUGAAAUGAUUAAUGAAUCAAUGACAAGUAAUCAAACUACAAAAAAUAUUGUAGUUUCUGAGUUCACUUGUCUAAAAUCGGAAUUUAUCGGUGAACAACCACAAGCCCAAAUUCCAUUAUUAGAAGAAAAUAUAAAAGUAAUUAAAGAAACUAAAAGAUUAGAUUCAGAAACUGAAUAUAUUAAUAAAUACGGAGAAGAGUCGUUAGCUUUUGAAAAUGAAGGAUUUCAAGAAGAAGAUGUUUUCGAUGACAAAGUUUCAACUGAAAAAGAAUAUUUUAAGUGUUCAGAUAAAACACAAUCUAACAUAAAAAUUAGAUCAAUGUCACUACCAUCACAUAAAAUUGAACCAAUACCCUCAAAAAAAUAUUUUCAACAAAUCAAGCCUCAAAUGGAAGGUAUACAAAUGGAGCAGGAAUCAUCACCUGAGCAUAAAUCAUUAAAAAAUACAACACAUCAACAAUCACCAAGUCAAGAAGUCCUUAUUAAUCGCCAAAUUCAUAAACAUAUUUUUUCAAAUGAACUAGAAGAACAAAUAGAUUCAUUAAUACCAGAAGACAAAUAUUUAGGUUUAAAAUCUGAAAAAAUUGUCUCAAUAAAUGCAUUCCAAAAUUCAUCAUCGGAUAAAAUUUCUUAUAGUACCAGUGAAAAAUCAAUUACAAAAACAGAAUCAGCAGAAUCAUCUGUACUUGAUAAUUUACCAGAAGAAAAGAUUAACAAAGUAAUUUCAAAACAAUCAAAAGAUAAAAAUUCAUCAAGUUUAACCCAAGAUCAUAUUGAUGAAAUUCCUUCAGAUACGUAUUCAUUUGUUGAAGAAAAAGAAAAAUCCAUUUUGCAUACUGAAUCAAUUGAUUCUUCGGUGAUAGAUGAUGAAUUACAACACGGAAAUGAAAUAUGUUCACAAGCUGUAGGCAAUCAUAUCAUUCAUACUCCAGAAGAACACAUCCCCGACACAAUAUGGGAAGUAACUCAGCUAAGAUCAGAAGAACAAGAAUUGGAGAAUUUUGAUUUUAAAGAUCAAUAUUUGUUCCACCAAAAUAUUGUCGAGAAAAUUGAUUCUCUUGAAACACUUGCAAAUACAAAACAAGAAAUGACUGGAGAAUUAGCUAAAAGUAUUGCUGAACAAUUAAUUAAUGAAAUAGAAAUUGAACUAACAAAACGUAAUGAUGUAUUGGAGAAUCUACAUCAUUUAAUGAUGUCACCUGAUCAGUUUAAACAACUAGAAAAUAGUGGAUAUUUAGAUAUGGAAGGAGAAGAAUUAAAAUUAAAAAUAAUGGAAUCAGUAUUAGCAAAGAAGUCUCGUGAUCAAUUGAAAAGUAUUUCAAAACAUGAUACAAUUACAUCAAGCAUUGAAAUUACGGAUGAAGACUUAAAAAGUAGUGGUUUUGAAAUUGAAUUUGAUGGAAUAUCAAAAUCACUUUUAAUUGAUCAUAUUAUUUUAGAAUGUGAUACUGAAAAAUCUCAAAAAAAUAUAAGUAAUUUAAAUACAAAUUUUAAUGAAUUUGAACAAUCUUCACACGAUGAGAAAGAAGAAUAUUGUAAUGUUGCAGAUGAUAAUUUAAUAAUCGAAGCUUCUAUAAAAGAACAAAAAAAUGAAAAUAACAAACGAAUCGAAUCUCAACAAAAAUAUAUGCUACCAAGUGGACAAACUGAACAUGAUUUAAUAUCUGAUAAAAAUUUCUUAGAUUCUCAAAUGUCUCUUUAUGACAAAAUGGUAAUUAAUAAAAAUGACCAAAAAUUGGAAACACAAGAAUUUGGGUUACAUUAUAACUCCAAGUAUGAGAACAACAUUCACGACGUCCUUCAUUCUAGUGAAAUAUCAGAAACCGAAAUAGGAAAACAAUAUAAUGAACAUGUUACAGAACUAGAUAGUCAUUCAUUACAUGCUAAAGAAUUCUUUGAAGUAGAAACUCAACAAAAUAAACAUGAAAAAACCAAAAAUAUAACAACGAAAGAAAAACAUAUUGAUACUUUGAUUACAAAUGUUGUCAAUAAUUCAAUAAAAGAAGAGCAACACAUUGAACAAACUACAGAUGACGGAUUAGAGAUAUGUAAUAUAGAGAAAGAAGAAUACCAAACAAUAUCUUCUAGUUUAAAAGAAACAGUAGACAGUUAUAAAAAUGAAGUAACAUUAAUAAAAGAAUUUGAUCCUUGUUCAUCAAAAUCACUAAUAAAACAAUUGAGCGCAGAAUCAUUUCCAUCAAAAGAUAAUUCCAUCCAUUCACCAACUUCUCCAUCAUCAUCUUCAAUUGAUAUUCGUGAAGAAAGACAUGUGAAUUUUGACACUGUUGUCUUAAGAAAACCUAAUACAAUUAACAUCAAUAAACUAACAACCAAAAGACCUGCAGAUUCUAGCUCAAGUGAUAGUCAUUAUCAUUCAUUUGACUUAACAUCGUCAAGCAGACCAUGUUCUUCAGAUAUCGAUGGUCUUUUAGCUGGAUCAUCUGAAUAUGAAUCUGCUAUUUCAGUACCGUCAAAUGAGUAUCAUACAGCAAUUAGUUCAUUAAGCUCAAGAGAAUCAAUGAAAUCUUUGGAUUCAGAAAGUUCAGGAAACCUCGCUUCAGUAGAAAAUAGUGAAGCAUCUGAAACACUAAUUGCUUCAACUGGAGAUUUAGAUUUUGACCAAGAAGGUACAAACUCUAUGUUGGAAGAUGAAGAUAAAAUAGAACCAUAUGAAGAAGAAAUACCAAUGCAUAUAAUUAGAGGAGAAUCCUUACCAAUUAUAGCAGAAUUAACCGAAAUGAAAUACAGUAGCAUGUAUAAAACACAACCAUUUUCCCAGCCAACUAUUAGUAGUGAUCAGAAUAUUCAAAAAAUGAAAAGAUCUCAUGAAAUGACUUUCCAUCCUAUACCUAAACAUAUAACCAGUGACAGCUUAUCAGAUUCAUCAUCCCAUGAAGAAAAAUUGUUUUCAAGUGAAGACGCAAGUAUGAGUAUAUCAAGUACAGAAGGACAAGCAAUACAAACAAUAGUUGAAGCAAUGAAUGGAUAUCCAGAAUCAGGAACAUGUAGCUUCAGUUUGAGUGAUGAAAAUAUGAAAUCUGUUGAAACAUCAACUAUUCAAUAUGAAGAUAAACAUAAUGAUAACCAAAACCAACAUGUUACAAUAAUAUCAUCUUCAAUAAUUAAUGGUAUUCACCACAAUGUAUGCACUCAAAUGACUACAAAAACUGAAGAAAUACAAAAAAAAGGCCACCGAAGAAAUAACAGUUCAAUUAAUAAAAUAUUAGUUGAAGAUAUCAUAGACCAAAGAGAAAAUUUAACCACAGAUCUACCUAAAAAUCAUAAUUUGGAACAAAAACAAGACAUAUCAUCUAAACAAAUUUUUGAAAAUAUUUCAUUAAAAGAAAUACAUAUUCCUAAUUCAGAAACUGAAAGUUCUGUACUACAUAGUAAACAUGAUCAUGAAAUACUUGGCAGUAUAAUAUCUGAAAAACAUAGUUUUGAGCAUAUUGAUGAUAUUGCUGAAGCAGACGCAGCCUUUCAAAUGGUACCUCAUAUAUCACCAGCAAUACCAACUUCUUUACCACCUACAAUACCUGAAGAUCCGUUUUCAGAAGACGAAGAUAGCUCUAAAGAUAUCGUUCCUAAUAUUAUGAUAACCGAACAUUUGGCCCCUUUAGUCGACCAUGGUUUUCAUUAUCCAGACUUAGAUUUGGAAGCUAAAGAAUUAGAAAUUAAAUCAUCAACCCCACAAACACCUGCGUCGAUAAGCAGUAAAGAAUCAUCAGAUACAGAUCAAGGUAGGGAAUACAUAUUGAAUGAUGAAUAUGACCCACAUGAAGAACCUUCAUGGACUGGUGAGGAACAUACAGUCUUUGAAAAGAUUGAAGAAACAGAAGAAAAGGAAUCUGUUUCUUUAAGUGAAUCGUUCGAAUUAGUAGAUAAUGUUGAAGAAAAAAUUGAAACCCCUGAAGAUGAUUUUGUAGUAAUAGAAGAAAUAGGAAAAGAAGCUAAAGAAGAUGAUUCUGAAGGUAGAGCAAUACAAAUUGAAGGGAAACCAAAAAAAAUAUUUACAAAUUCUAACAACAUUGAAUCUUCUUUACACAAAUCAGACUCUGAAGGUCCAGGAUCAAAAGGCCAAUUUGAGUUAGAGUAUGGAAAUCAAAAAUGGGUUGAAUUACAAUUUGAAGAUGACAAUACUGUAAAUGAAAUUUAUGGAUACAAUCUAGAAUAUGAAAGACCCCCUCUUGAAGAUAUUAAAGAAGAAGAUACUGAUGAUUUACAGAGUAGUAAAGUUGGAAGCAUAGGUAGUCAAGUCAGUCAGUCAAUUGAUAGUCUUGGUAGUAUGAAAGAAUCAUUUAGCAGCACUCCAGAAAGUAAAAGAUACUUAGGAAAAUCACUAGAAAAUGAUAAUAUAUCAGUUAACUCAUUACAAGAAUUUGAACGAUUAGAACAACUAGUAAGAAUUGAAUCAAUGAAAGCAAAGUCUUCAGGAUCUUUAGCUUCUACCACUAGUUCUUCUAACAGCAAAAAAGAUGAUAUAUCAAUAGCGUCUCUAAAAGAAUUUGAAACAAUCGAAGCAGCUUGUUUUAAAACUGAGUUAAUUGAGAACAAAGCUUUAGCUACUGAAAAAUUACUAACUGACGAAGAGAGUAUCUUUAAAAUAAAUGAAACUAUCAACAAAUAUGAGAUAAGUUUAGAACAAAAUGACGAUUAUUCAGAAAAGCAUAUAUCAGAAGAUGAUAAUUUAACUAGUACAGAGUCAUUAGAUUUAAAAACAAUUAUUACGGAAAUGAAGGUAUCAGCUUCUUUAGAACAAAUGUCAAGUACAGGUUUUGUUGAAAGUAAACAAAAUGAUUAUGAUGACUGUAUGAACUCUAGUGUUUCAAGCCGUGGAUUCAGUAGUCCAAUUAUGGAUGAUCAUUCAAAAGAGUCUUCGUAUAGAAACAGUUUGAUUUUGGGUAGCAAUGAUUCACUAGGACCAAUUAGCUCAACUUCAACUAAUGCUACUUACCACUGUGAAACAGGAUCAAAUAUGUCUUCUAGCUUCACUAGUGGUGGUUCAAAUACUAUGGUAUCUAGUAUGGAAGGUCUUGACAAAACUGAAGGAAAACACGAUUGGUUUGAUGAACUUGAAACAUUUGAAACAUAUAAAAAGGAACCAGAUGGAACAGAAUUUACUCACAAAAUCACAAGAUUACCUGUUGAAAUACAAAAGGUAACAGCUAGAGGAUUUGAUAAAGAAAAAAAUAUUGACACGUUUAUAGAACAAUUUGCACCUGGCGAUUACCAAGAGCAUUCAGAACGUACAGAUGAGCACGGAAAUGUGUUUAUUACGAAAAUUGUGCAAAAAAGAAUAGUAUUUGAUAAUGAAGAGCUAACAAAAAAAGGUGUUUCUGAGGACGAAUUGAAUGAAUGUUUAAGAAAACUAUCUAAAGAUAUACCUACUGAAUUUGAAAUCAGUAGGGAAACAUCAACACACAUUGCAGGUAUUAUGUGCAUUAAAUAUGUGAUAUAGAUCAUCUUCAUCUGAACAUAAAUUCAUUAUAUUUUUCUCAACUAUUCCCAUUCUUCUUUAUUUAUAAACCAUUAUUUUGAUAAUCAUUGCAUGCUUACAUAAACAAAACCUUGAAUAAAAUAUUGUACAAUUUGUUGCAUUGAUCAUUUGUAAAGUAUUUUUAAACACUAAUACAAUUAAAAUAUCUUAUAAAUAUUGACUUCAUAUAAAUAAUAAAAAUUAAACAUUUUUUUAGGAUCUUCAGAAGAGACUCAUGAACCAUCAACAUCUGGUGUAAAAAAAGGUAAAUAGUUUUUUAUUGAUUUUAAAACUGCAAAUAAAACUAUAUGCUUGUAUAACAAUUAUUACAUAAUUUAUGAAUUGUUCAGACAAAAUAUUCAAUUAUUAAAACAAAUUAAAGUGUAAUUUAUAAAUGUCUUAUUUUGUAGUUUAAUGUUAUUAGGUAUAUCUUAGAAUAUAUCUACAAUAAAUAUAUAGACACAUAUAAUUAAUAUUUUCUAAUUAAUAUUAACAUAAUAAUAUUCAAUAAUUUAGGAAAGUAGGUAUUAGAUGCUCUAUUAUAGCUAUUAUUAUUAGUGAUUAGUAGUAAUACUUAUUAGAUUUAGAUGCUUUUUUUGUGGUAAAUAGUAGAGUUACAAGUGACUGCCUCAAAACCGGAGUUGAAGUGUGACAUUAGUAUGGACGACGAUACAGAAAUAGAUCUUCGCGAGCAUGAUUGGCGCUUUCAACAUCAAAUAAAUACCGGUUAAUAUUUACAGUACUAAAUAAUACAAUUUAACUAUCCAUAAUUUUAUUUUGACCAAAUUAUUUUAUCUAAUUUGUGGAUAACUAAUAACUUCAUUUAUUCAUAACUCAUUAUUAUUAUAAACUUAAUAUCAUAGAUGUAAAAUUCUAUAAACCACAACAUUUGUGUACUUACAAUGACUUUCUAAUAAUAAUUUUACUAUAAUACAAGUGCUACCUACAUCUAUAUAAGUUUAUAAAUGUUGAGAUUACAAGUUCAAAGACUAUGAAUAUUGUACUAUUAUUUAUUAUUAAGUUAUUUCUGAUUAAAGUUAAAUAAAAUAGGUAGGUAUUAUACAGUUUAAAAAAAUUAUGUUACUUUUUUUUAAAAAUAACUUAUACUUAUGUUUGAAAAUCAUACAAUCUAAAAUGUUACAUUACCCUUAUGUUUGUCGCUCUAAUUUAUCGGAGUAAUACGACAAUCUAAUUUUGAUUUUCAAAUAACAACCAAUACAAAAAUUCUAUAAAAAUAUGAAGUUUUAGUUUAAAUACAUUUUUGUAAACUCAUUGACGAGUUUUUUUGACUACAAUUUAAGUUUUAAAUCGUACAAAUUACCCAUUUGAAAAAUAUUCUUUUGCUUUUGAAGUCAUUAAUUACUAUACAAUUUACUAAUAUCUAUUUAAUCAAUGCGCCAUUAUGUAAACAUCUCAAUUCAUCAACAAUUAACCAAAAAUUUAAUUAAUUUGUGUUUUAGAAACUGAUGAUACAACAAGGCCAAGUACAUCUGGAUGGUAUGUAUUAUAAUAAAAUGAAAAUAUUUUUAAAGAAAACUGUUAAUUCUUAACUAUAAAUAAUAUGCUAAUAAUUUAGUGUAAAAUUUAAAUUUUAAAUAAAUUACCUAAUAUUCUAUAAUGGUACCUAGGUACUUACAUUUGAGUUAGGUUCAUACUAUUAUGAAAUAUGUUUAACAAAGUGAUAAUAGCAGAAUACUCUCUAUUCAGAUUCAAAAUAAUAGCAGAGCACACCAGGCGGUGUACAAAAACAUCCGAUUACAAAUGCAUGUAUCACAAGUCACUAAUACCGGUACCUCUACCACCACCAUUGUGAUAGAUAAGAAUAAUAAAUUCUUAUCUAUCUCAGUGGCGGGAUGAAAGCAAGAUUUAUAGAUUAUAAAGGUCACCUCACAGUCACGUAAAAAACGUUAGUCUCCCACAGUACUACAAUGACAGUGACGUCACCGCCAACCGCCGCACAGUUGUGGUCUGAUACGUGAAUUUAUACGACAAAAAAAACCCCAAUUCAAAUUUGAAUUAUUGAAUGGUUUUCAAUUAAAAUGUUUAAAUACGAGUAUAACCCCAAGGAACCUUAGUGUAGAAUUUCAUGUUCAUAUACACAUAUUUAAUUAUCAUAAGGUUAACAUAUAUAUUGUGCUAAAUAUAGCAAUGGUAAUGAUUCAUAAAGACUAGAUUAUUCUAGUAUAAAAAAAAUAUUUAUGAAUAUACACAUUUGAGAAUGCGUGAUUAUACGAGCUAUACAAUUUAUGAUGGGUCAUAUACAUUUUCCAAAAAACAUAAAUAAUCGCUAUACUUCGCGGGUUAAAACCCUAGCGUACGCAGCGCAGCUUGUAGCCUCAUGAGACUCGUUUUGGGACUUAUCAGAAGCGGAGUUUUGUCUCCUUAUUCUAUACUAUUUUCAGAAUACAAAUGCACCAGACGGUGAACUAAAAUCAUUCCAUGGGCGCGCGUCGUACAUAUCUCUACUAAUUAUUAAUAAAUAAUGAAAAAAAGUGUAGUUUCAGAAUGAUUUUUAUCAAAGGAUAUAGAUAAUAUUAUUAUGUAUAUUUGUGUACUACUCAGAAGAGAGUAGUCGAAUUUUUCUCAGACAAGUAGAGUCGCGUUUCUUAUCCCAUCUUAUCCAAUAUAGGUUUUAAUUAUGGUAUUAUGAAGAGGACGAUGCAUGGGCAGUAGCUAUACGCCCUUUUGAUAUGUUAGCGACCGGCGGUCAUCAUAACCGCACACUUUCAGAAAAAGAUUAGGUUUAAUAAUUAAUACCGCCCACAUUUUGUCUAUUGUUAACCAGUCACUGGUUUGCCACCGAAUUGUUUAUAUUUGGUUGUGUGGGGUAAAUAUAUUCCAAAACUGAAAAUAUUAAUUUAAAGUUAAUUAUUAAUUGUUAAUUACAUAACUUCACUUAACGCUCACUUAUGCAAAUACUCUUUCGCUUUAUAACAGUAAUUUAAUGCGAUUAUAGCUCUUAAACGCAAAGUGAGUGGUUUAAUAGUGCGAAUGUGAGCGUGAGUGCUGUUAGCGCCUAAACGCACCCCAAGUAAAAGAAUAGCACCGGCUUAGUCGGGCAUGCUAAAGUAAAGCACCAGAGUAGAAUUUAUCAGUAGAGUCGAGUUUCUUAUCAUUGAACACCAAUCGUCCCAAAAUAUUUUUAUUUUCUAAUUUUAUUCUUAAUAUAAUUAAUAUGUCAAUGUGGGUUAUUGUUUAUACAGUUAGUUUGAGUUAAACCGUGUCACUUGGUGCAUAAUACAAUAUAUACAUUAUUUAAUUCGAAAUAACUCAAAUAUUUUAAUUUAAGUAUUAUGUUUACUUACAUUAUUUAAUGUAAAUUAAGACGAACAAUUGUUAUAUUAUUGUAAAUUAUAAUAUAUUUCCAGUUAUUUUACCGUCUAUAGCAAUCGUUACACAAUUACUAAACUUUUUUUUUUUGAUAAAUUAAGAAAUUAGUAGCUCUUAGGAGUUACAUUACAGUUAUUUUAGUUGCCCUUAUUUCAUAUUUUUGAUUUUCAAACGAUCUCGUAAUUGUUUUUAAUAACAAAUAUUAAGGCUUGUUGGAGCUACUUUUCUAAAUAUUCUCAUUUUAUCACCAGUCUACUUGCUGAUGUCCGUUUAGAGGUGAUUAGGAAGAAAUUAGGAAGAAAUAAAAAAAAUUAACAUUAUUGUAAAAUCAAAACAUAUCUCGUUCCGCUACGAAUUUAAAAUUGUGGUUAAGGUAGAAAGAUAUAUGGGCAUUGUAAGGUUAGGUUAGGUUAGGUUGGGUUAUGUUAUUAUAUUUUUUAUUUAAAAUAUAUAUUAUAUAUUUAAGGUUUACAUUUAAAAUAAAAUUAUAAAUUGUUCUUUCCUUCAAUUUCACACAUGGGAUGCGAUCAUCCUGUCGUUGAAGGCUUGAAGCCACGAGCCUCCACUGGAAUAGUGUAUAAUGAUAAUAAAACGUAUUGUAGUUUUACAUUUUAAAUAGGCAAAAUAAUAAACACAAACCUCAAUUAUAUUAAUAAAUCAAAAUAUUUUAUUAUUUUUUCAGGUCUGGAAAAUCAAAAUCUAAAGAAAAUGUAUCUGAACUAUAA